AUGCUCAGUCAGGUUGUAACCAAUCAAGCUGGGCAGCAAAAAGGAGCUCGACAAGAAGAGGCUGACACUUCAAGGAUUCGCGAGUUCCUGAGAAUGAAUCCCCCAAGUUUCACUGGUUCGAGCACUACAGAGGACCCAGUGAACUUCAUUGAGGAACUGAAAAAGUGGAAAAGGAGUAGAGUUGAAGAUGCACCAUCUGCCAGUUGGGCAUGUUUUGAAGAGGCUUUCUUGGGACGUUUCUUUCCCCAGGAACUUAAAAAGGCCAAGUUCACCCAACUAUCCCGAUAUACUCCGGAGAUGGUUAAGGACAUGAGGAGUAGAAUGAGCUUGUUUGUUGCUGAGUUGGGCCGUCUAUCAAGCAAAGAGGGCCGAGCAGCAAUGCUUAUUGGAGACAUGGACAUUUUGAGGUUGAUGGGUAGUAUGGCGCAAGGGGGAAGUAAGCCUCCUGCCUUCGCCAAGUGUGGUAGGGACCACUCAGAGUGUCCAAAGAACAAGCACGGAAGUGGUAAUGGGGGAAAUAAAGCCCAGUCGUCUUCAGUUGCUCCACUAGACAGAGCUACACCUAGAGGGGCUACUUUCUGUACUGGCAGAGGAGCAAACCGCCUCUAUGCGAUUACUAGUCACCAAGAGUAA